CACGCGCGCCAUUGCAUCCGCCCGUGUGCGUCUUCUCCGCGCGGCACUUAUUCUCAAUACGCUCGAGUGCAAGAGAGACGGAGUGCUACAAGCCCGCACUCACAACACAUGCACACGUGUACAUACCGAUGUUGCGUAUUUACUGCAUAAUCCGUAAAGUAACUCAUCGAGUGUAUCCAGGAAUCGUAGGAUAAAUAAACAAAAUUGAAUACAUUUUCCGUAUAUCGCGAGCAAAAUUUAAGCGUGCACGCGGUUUACAGUGUACAGACGAGUCGCGUUUAGAGUUGAGUUUCAUCUAUCAAUGGAUGAGGGCUGGAGGAAGUCACAAAGGUUCCUACCGAUUGUACCAGCUGAUAGAAUCGAAUGCUGAGCAAGGAUUGGCCAUAUAACCAGUAGGCUAUUGCUUUGAAUGCGAACUGUUAAUAUUGAGCGAAACUAAUGGAAUCGCUGCAACAUUUUUGAUGCACCUUUUAUGACAAUGGAUGCAGUUACAAUUGAAACACUGCCUACUACUAAGUCAUUAUUAAGUACAAAAGUACCAGAAUCAACUGAUAUUGCAAAGGAAAAAGAUGAUGACAUUUUGUUUAUUGAUGAAAUUGAUGAAGAUGAUGAGAUACGUUUAAGACUUUCGGAUGAUGAGGAAGUUGAACAAGAAAAUACUUUAGAACACACUGAAAAUCAGGAAGCAAGCUUACAGCUUAAAAAAGAUGAUCUCGAAUUUGAUGUACAUGUUGCUGUUACUCCUAAGGAAGCAACAAAAUCUCAUCAAGAGUUAAUAAUUCGGCAAGACUUACCCGAAACGAAUACUGUUGCUUUGAUUAAGAAUCAAAACAUACAAAAUAGUUCAAAGAAAAAGUUUUCAAAUGAAAGUUGUAAUGUAAAUGACGAAGAAUCAACAAUGAGUGGAAGUGAAAAAGCACCACCGUUAACGCAAAAUUCUCGCAAGUUUUGGUCUAAUAAUUUUGAUAAAAGAUGGAAAGGAAUAAAUUCACCUAGAGGUCGACAAAAUUUUUCUCAUCGAAAUUCUAAUGAUUGGUACAAUCAACAGUAUCAAGAAAAAGACAAAUUUAACAACAGAAAUAAUUUUAAUCAUCAUAACAAUCAUUUUAAUAAAUUACGGCAUAAUAUACGAGGAAAUUAUAACAAUAAAUCUGGAGGAAAUCGUAAUAAAGAUAUACAAAAGGACGAGGCGGAAGAAUCAUUGAAAUCGAAACAUAAUAUACGUACUUUAGAAAACACUAACGAUAAAAAGCAUUCGAUACAGGAAAACGGCAUUUCUAAUAAUGCUCAGUCAAAAAAAAAAGAUUCGUCUAUUCAGAAUUCUAGUAUGAAAAUGAAUGAUAAAGAAAGUAAGGUCGCAGAAACAGAUUUAAAUCCAAAAAAGAAUGCACAAAAUUCUAACGAAGACGCAUCGUGUAAUGUUAAAACACACAAUGAAAAUGAUAAUAAUAGUAAUAUUGGUAUUUUAGUUGAUAAUGAAAUGAAAAAUAAUGAAAAUACAAUGGAUAAUAUAUUAAAUGACAAUGAGAAUUUAUCCGUAACCAAAGACUGUGAUGUGUCGAUGAUUGAAUGUGAAAAAGAAAACUGUGAGUCUAAAUCAGAAGAAAUUAAAAAAAGGAAGGCGAAUAAGUGUAAUUCCGAUAUGGCGGACAAGACAACAAAUAGUGACACAAACUCUGCAUCCAAUGAUGUGGAAUUUGAAUCUAAACAAAAUUCUGUAGAAAAAUAUAGUGAGUUAUCUAGUGAUAUACAAAUUAUAAAAAUAGCAUCACACGAUGAAAAUCUUUUAGAAAACAAAUCAGAAAUUGAAAUGGAAAUUGAUAAUAGUAACGAAGAUUUAUCUACCCAUACUGAUAAAGAUAGUAAUAGUGAUCAAAUCAGGGAAUGUGACAAUGCCAAAGACAUUGUUUUAGAAUUAAGUGAGAAUAAUAAUAAGAGUUUAAGUGAAAAAUUUGAUGCAGAGCAGCAAGCUGAUAAUAUAAAUGUAUUUAAUGAUAAAGAAUCAAGUGAGGCUGUUGAGACGAAUGAAAAUACAAAUCAUUCUUUAGAUGAUAAAUCAAUUAGUCAAAUGGAAACUUCCGAAAUUGAACAAACUGAUAGUAAAGAAAUUCAAACAACAAAUAGUGAAGAAGAUAGUAAAAUUUUAAAUGAAAACAUUGAGACUGAAUCUUCUUCCAUUUUAAUAUCUUGUAUAGAUGUGAAGGAUUCUGACGCAAAUGACAUUGAUAAAAAUGAAAAAAAAAACGAAGAAAUAUGUUUGUUGGAGAACGAUAAAAUCAAUAGCGAUGUAAAAAAGGAAACCGAAGCCGGCAAAAUUAAACAAAUUUCUAAAAAAUCAAAAGAUGCUACAGUUAUAGAAGGAGAAGAGAAAUUAAAUUCUACCGGGUCCAAUGAGCAAGAAAAACUCAGUGGUCCUAUCGAAGAAGUCGACUUGGUUGACGAUGAAUCAGAAAUGGCUGUAGCCGUUAUUUCCAACGAUAUUCAAUCGGACACCUUAAAAAACAAAGACGACGUUACAAGCACUACUACAACGGUUAAUAAAGACACAUCGCAAAUAGUUCCUAUUAGUAACGAGGAUGGCAAUAAAGUUGAAGAAAGUAAUAAGGAUGGACGUGCGGUAGUUCACAAAAGACGACGUAGGAAAAGACUUAGUAACGUUGCUUAUUUAGAAAUUGCAUCAAAUGAAAUUCAAACAGAUGAAUUUUUCAACUCGGUGAAAAUGUUAAUAGAAAAUGGUGUGAGACAAAAACGUCGAUCAGCUAGAAAUGCCGAGGAAAUGAUACGGAAGGAGAUUCUCAAAAAUGACGAAGAUGAUGAAGAUUCUAGUGAUGAGUCAGGUAAACUUGUACCCGUCAACUAUAAAAAGCCCAAUUAUACGCAAUCGUUGUCACCGCCAUCAUUAAAACGAACUCUUGAUGAUGCCGACUGUAUAUCCGAAAGUGUUACCUUGAAAAGGAUAAAAUCUAGUGGAGAUAACUCAUCGACAACGAUACCACAAUCUAAUGAAAAUAAGGAAUAUGUUACGAAAAGUAAAGAAAGUAUAGCCGAGACGAAUGAGCUUGUAAGACAGAUAUCGCAAGAAGAUAUUAGAGGAAAAUUGAAGAAGUUGAAGCAAGAGGAAUUAGAGGCCCUGCUUCUUCAAAAAAUCGUGGAAUGUAUAACGAUUCGCGGAGAAAUGGGAAAGCUAAGAGAGCAAGCGCGUGUAUCGAAGAGAAAUCAAGAAGCUACUCGAACCAAGUGCCAACAGCUUCAAAAACAAGUGGAGGGAUUCGAUAUGGUUUUAAAGCGAAUAAGUUUUGAUAAAAAUAGUAAUAAUGAUAAAUACGCACCGCCAAUAAAAAUCAAUCGAUCUGUUGGUCUACAAGUAAAUUUUCUUUCCGAUCAUGGGAUUCAUAAUCUCAAGCAAAUUCAAGCGAUGAAAACGUCUGCUGGUAACACAAGUACGGCUGUUACGGCAAAGACGACGUUAACCACGACUACACCAUCUACCGCGACGAUGACAACAGCUCAGGAUAAUCGUUCGUUAACCCAGAGCCCCAGAAAAAUGCUAAAGGUUCGAUCACCUCGAAGGCCCGAGACGUCGAGUCCCGCUGUCGCUCCAGGUAGUCCUGGAUCGGCCACGAAUUCGACAGCUAAUAGCAAUAAUACAACGUCGACAACCCUAGUCAUGAGCAAGCCGAUGGACCAGAGUCCUAAACGUACAAUAACUCUGCAGAAUUCAAAUAAUAAUAUUGUGCAGUUGAUGCCGGCUGGGCAGCAACAGCAAGCCGUUGUCGUGAAUUCGAAUAUUGCUGGGUCGACGACCCGAGCGACGACGAGUCUCUCGGUUCAGAAACCGAAUAAUACAGUGGCGAACAAGGCGAGCGACCUCAUUGAUCUUACCGACGAAGAGGAUAAGUCCAAAACUUCAGUGAUCUCACCGAUAACCACAGGAAUAACUACGAGGUUUCCGCGAGUACUUCAAGCUGUCCCAGCAAGUGUCGCACUUAACAAUCAAGCCAAUCUUAGAUUAGUUCAGGGUGGCGGCAACCAAGCCUCUCAAACUGCCAUAGUUAAUAAUAUCAAUACACCGAGGCUAGCUUAUGUUAUGCAGAGUGGUGUGCCCACAAGACAAUUAGUAUUAACAAAUUCCAAUACGAUAAGACCAGUCACAACUGUUUCGACGCGAAAUAUUUCAACCAUUAGUUAUAAACAAGGGGUGCCGACAUUGACAAAUGGAACUGUGAGGGUAUUAACAGCACAAAACCCUACCACAAACUUGCAGCAUCCAGCGCCAUUACCAGAGAGUUCUGUACCGGAAUCAAAUCCGUCUUGGAAAUCACCUCCACCUGCCCCAUCGUUGAAAAUAUCUAAAGUAGCAACAGGCAUUGUUUUAUCAUGGAACAUGUCUUUAUCGGAUAAAUUUGCGGAAAUCGUUAGUUAUCAAUUAUAUGCUUAUCAAGAGGUCGCAGGAACGUCCCCUAGUGCGUCCCUUUGGAAGAAAGUCGGUGAUGUGAGAGCGUUGCCACUGCCAAUGGCUUGCACUUUAACGCAGUUUACCGAAGGAAAUAAUUACUAUUUUGCUGUUAGAGCUGUUGAUAUACAUUCAAGAUUUGGACAAUACAGCAAACCUGGAAACAUUUCUCUUUAAAA